AUGGGUCGGCACACGACUCCACCAGACAUUGCAGCAUUAUCAGCUAAACUCUUCAACCCUUCAUUGUCUCUUCGACCGAAAAUAUUCACACAACCUUCACCGCCAAGUUUGGCAGGUAGCAAAUUAGCACCACCCUGGGCAGAAGUGGAUGAGAGACCUAGGUGGCGAGUGCGGCGAUUCAGAUUAUGGGAUGUUCACGUUCCAAGGUUGUAUCUUUGUGUGGUGGAUCCUCGUAAACGAGGCCAUCUACGUCGCUAUGCACCUUUCGCCACACCAUCAACCCCUACAUAUCGAUACGGUGUCAUUUCCACCCAUCCCGUCUUCUCUUUUCCUCGUUCUGUACGCUUCCCUUAUCAAAACUCGCCGAAUCAUUCACCCUCCCCCGAGCACAUACAAAAUCCUAAGUCCCUUUCUCAUCUGGCAUCUGUCACACCUAUCGAACCUAUCAAUCCUGCCAACCCAUCCACCGACCUCCCGGCAGAAGAUCUAGCGAACAGAUUGGAAAAUCUCGCCUUCGUCCCUUCCAUCGCUAAGAAAGACCCUCAAGGAAUUCACUUUGGACCAAUUGACGAGUCUAAGGUAGAAUCCACAUUACCUGGUCAAUGGCCAGUGGAAGAGUUGACCCAACAAAACAACAAUCUGAUAAUAUCUGAUGAAUCAGAUGAUGAAGAUAUGGACGGUCAAUGGUCUGACUACAUCACAGAAACAUCAAUGAACCAAAAUAUCCCUCAAAGUGAACCUGAUCCCCCACUGACCAGAGAACAGAAGAAAGUUAUCAAAGCUACGAGACACGCGGAAUAUAUGAGGUUAUGUAAUCAUAAAUUUCUUUUGGAUGCGGAACAUGAGAGAAGGUUUAGAUUAGGGAUGAGUGCUUUGGCGGAGGAUGUGAGAAAGUGGCAGGAAGAUAAUUUGAUCAUGGUAGCUAAGGAAGGUCACAAAGAUCGUGUUCGCCCAGAAUGGAAAGGACAGCCAGAUUUACAAACCUUAAAGUUAUAUGGUCAAAUGUUCAAAGAUAUACGUAAAAAAUCCGAAAGCAUUUUUCAUCAUUGUGCCAUACAUCAUCCUGAACUUGAUCUUCAUCCUGUACCAGGUCGAGAUAAGGCUCAUAGGGAUAUGCAAGAAGCUGAAAGAGCUAAAGCUAUACGUAAAGCUGAGAGAGAUGAAAAGAGGAUGAAAAGGAAAGAAGAUAGGAAAGCUAAUAAUACUAUUGAGACUUCUUCUACAUCAACUUUCACUCCUUCUCUUCCUUCUUCCACAACAACAACAACAACUUCCGAGGUUCCUUCUCAGAAUAUCAAAACAAAUCCUGUUACUACGAACAAAUCAUUAGCUGUUCCGGAUGUUCCUAAAGUCACACAUUUCACUAGACCUCAAAAACCCGUUUCUUCUCCCAAAUCUACUUCGACAUCUGCUACCGAAUCCCCAGCUGGAUCAUCGGAGAAACCAUCAUCAAAACCCGCGGAUAAAUCCCCAGCUAAACCAUCGAAAAAAUCACAACCUAAGUCAUAUGAUAAAUCUCCAACUCGACCAUCUGACAAAACACAAGUUCGGAAAUCCGACGAAAUCAAAUCGAUUGCAGGAUCAAAACAAACCAAAGAAAAACAAAUUUCUCCUGCAUCACAAGCUAUCCAAUGGGCGGAGAAAGAUGACAAGCAGAUCCGACCCGAUAGAACGGUCGAAGAAUUGAAAGAAGAUUUACAAAAGUUGAGAGAAACGAUAAGAUUAUUACAAUUACAAUAUGAUCAGGACAUAGCUAUGAAAGGUGGAAAUAAGAUUGAUCAUGAGAUAGGAAUGGAGGUUGAGGUAGAGGUAGAGGUGGAAGAAGUGAUGAGAAAGAGAGAAAAGGAGAUUAGUGUUAGUCCCAGUGCGAAUAAAUGGCCAACAGGGGAAUUAAAUAUGGAUGUUGAUACUGCUUUAGGACCUACUGUCCUCAAAGAGAGAUGUGCCCCUAGGGAUACUGGAAGGCCGGAUCAGUUGGGUCAAAUCGACCUUACAAACCUAGAAGAUUCCCGUUUGAGCACAAUGACGAAUUAUUCGGACGAUUCUACCCCUGCCAGUGACCCAGAAUCGGGUUCGUUCCCCAUCAUGAACGCGGGUGAAGGGGGUAUUGCGGUUCCUACUAAAAGAAGACACAUGGUAUCGCGAGUCAGUACCAGGUGA